UCCAAGGUGUCCCAAUACCUACAACACCAACACCAACAACACCAUUCUCGUGCAAACCUGGUUCUACUGAUUCAAGGUGUCCUCCAAUCUGCUACCCAGGCUCUAAAGAUCCACGAUGUCCCAAACCUACAACACCAAGACCAACAACACCAUUCUCGUGCAGGCCAGGAUCAACUGAUCGAAGGUGUCCUCCUGUCUGCUACCCAGGCUCUACAGAUCCACGAUGUCCCAAACCUACAACACCAAGACCAACAACACCAUUCUCCGUGCAGGCCAGGAUCAACUGAUCCAAGGUGUCCUCCUGCCUGCUACCCAGGCUCUACUGAUCCACGAUGUCCCAAACCUACAACACCAAGACCAACAACACGCAGACCAACAACACCAUUCACAUGCAAGCCUGGCUCCACUGAUCCAAGGUGUACUCCAGUCUGCUAUCCAGGAUCUCCUGAUCGAAGAUGUCCCAAACCUACAACACCAAGACCAACAACACCAUUCUCAUGCAGGCCAGGAUCAACUGAUCCAAGGUGUCCUCCAGCCUGCUACCCAGGCUCUAAAGAUCCACGAUGUCCCAAACCUACAACACCAAGACCAACAACACCAUUCUCAUGCAGGCCAGGAUCAACUGAUCCAAGGUGUCCUCCUGAUUGCUACCCAGGCUCUAAAGAUCCACGAUGUCCCAAACCUACAACACCAAGACCAACAACACCAUUCUCAUGCAGGCCAGGAUCAACUGAUCCAAGGUGUCCUCCUGAUUGCUACCCAGGCUCUAAAGAUCCACGGUGUCCCAAACCUACAACACCAAGACCAACAACACGCAGACCAACAACACCAUUCUCAUGCAAGCCUGGCUCCACUGAUCCAAGGUGUACCCCAGUCUGCUAUCCAGGAUCAACUGAUCGAAGGUGUCCCAAACCUACAACACCAAGACCAACAACACCAUUCUCGUGCAGGCCAGGAUCAACUGAUCGAAGAUGUCGUCCAAUCUGCUUCCCAGACUCUACAGAUCCACGGUGUCCCAAACCUACAACACCAAGACCAACAACACGCAGACCAACAACACCAUUCUCAUGCAGGCCAGGAUCAACUGAUCCAAGGUGUCCUCCUGUCUGCUACCCAGGCUCUACAGAUCCACGGUGUCCCAAACCUACAACACCAAGACCAACAACACGCAGACCAACAACACCAUUCUCAUGCAGGCCAGGAUCAACUGAUCCAAGGUGUCCUCCUGUCUGCUACCCAGGCUCUACAGAUCCACGGUGUCCCAAACCUACAACACCAAGACCAACAACACGCAGACCAACAACACCAUUCUCAUGCAGGGCCAGGAUCAGACUGAUCCAAGGUGUCCUCCUGUCUGCUACCCAGGCUCUACAGAUCCACGGUGUCCCGAACCUACAACAAGACCAUCUACCACAACAAGUAGACCAACAACCACUAUUCACAUGCAAGCCUGGCUCUACUGAUCCAAGAUGUCGUCCAGUCUGUUAUCCAGGCUCUAUUGAUCCAAGGUGUCCCAAGUCUACAACACCGAAACCAACAACACCAAGAACCACAACAACUACACCAACAACACAAUUCACAUGCAAGCCUGGCUCUACUGAUCCAAGGGUGUCGUCCAGUCUGUUACCCAGGCUCUACUGAUCCAAGGUGUCCCACGUCUACAACACCAAGAACCACAACAGCUAGACCAACAACUCGAUUCACAUGCAAGCCCGGCUCUACCGAUCCAAGGUGUCCUCCAGUCUGUUACCCAGGCUCUACAGAUCCAAGGUGUCCAAGGACUACAACACCAAGAACAACAACACAGAGACCAACAACAUCACCAACCACGUAUGUCCCUGAUGGUUCUAGAACCAGCACGAAAACGAAACCUGGUGAUGACUUCCACGCUGAGGACGCUGAUCCCCGCUACCAUGCCUUCCACUCCUGGCUUUAUCUGCCUCCUCCUCGUCCUCGUAGCCACGCUGGACGUCGCCGUCGCGCCAUUGGGCCAAGGCAAGAGCAUGACAGUGAACCUUGGUGUACAGCAGUUAGUGACUGGACCUGGAAAGACCUCACGUGCUAUAUCUAUUGAUAUUGAAGGGGACAAUCUCCUGGUGGAACUGGAGGAGGCCGGCCGGAUGGUAUUGCCCAUGAAAGACGCUACACCGAAGGUGGAGGAAGUAGAAUUGGACUACGGCACCGACACCAAGAUUGAUGUCAAGGAUGAAUCUCUUACCAUGGUUGAGGAGGAUAACUCCAGAAAGCCAUCGGGCAAAGCGGUUCGCAUUUGUAAAGGAAGACCAGUCAACAGUAAUGUCCAGCUACGGCAUGCUCUUCCUGGUACUGGGGGUGACCGCGGCACUAGUGGGCGCUGCUGUUGCUGUGCGUGCCACCCUCGCUCGAAGUAGGAGGAAAAGUGAAGUAAUUUCUUAUGCUUAACAUAAAUUUGGUGUGCACUGGUGAACAUUCCGUCCCUUGAUUAUCCGAACUUGCAUAAGCAAAACAGUCCACUGCGAGUCAUGCAACAAAGUUUGUUGUAUUAACUGUCAGCAAGUCUGAAGAAAAAUAUAAUUACAGUAUUUUUUAUAGAACAAAAAUUUGUAUUAAUAAAUGCAAUGUAUCACAUGCCAUGUCAGCAACAUUCAGCGGCGGUCUCUGAGCUGGCUCGGAGUCCCUCAAUGCUGGAACUCCACCUUUCCUUGCAGCCCUGUCCCUUCCUGCCAGUCCUUCACCCUUCCCGCAGACCCGAUCUACCCAAACUAUUAAACCAUCUCAAACUUAUAAACUCAUCUACCCCUACGCCAGGAGCUACACAACUAAACAUACCACAAGAAUCGAAAUUCCCACAAACAAAACUUUCUCCCUUAUCCCGUCCCUCGAGGCACACUCUGAGCCUCUCCCGGCAGCCGGCUGCCGAACAAAGCGGGAUUGGCAGUCGCGCAGCGGACAAGACCUAGGUCAUUGACUACCCCCUUGGUGGUCAUCGGAGUCAAUGUGACCCAAAUGUCUUUCUCUCCUAACAACACAGCUUUCUAUAAUGUAAAGUCACCCUGACAGUAGAGGCUCAAAUGACCCAUCUCAGAUACUAUUUCCUUUUUUCCUACCCUUUUCGUUUUCUCCUCCUUCCUCUUCUCUCUCUCUCUCCUCUCUCUCUCUCUCUCUCUCCUCUCUCUCUCUCUCUCUCUCUCUCUCUCUCUCUCUCUCUCUCUCUCCUCUCUCUCUCUCUCUCUCUCUCUCUCUCUCUCUCUCUCUCUCUCUCUCUUCCCCCACUUCUGAGCCGUAGCUAAUUCCCUGUUCUAUCUCCUCUUCUUCCUCUGCUCUAGCCAUCCCUACCGCGACUAGUUUGGACUGAAAACUGAAAGGUGCGCCUCUCAGUCCUUAGUUAAUUAAGGGGUAACGAGUGGGGUUAAUUCAUUGUCCUUAUAUAGUCAAUGAAGCUUCUUUUCUUUUGAUUUUUGUUUACGCCAUUGUUUACACGAGUCUACUGUGAUGUCAUGAAUGGGGCGUGAUUCUCUAGAUAAGGAUUAUGGUGUUAUUUGCGUCAUUAGGUUAAAAAUCAAAGGUUUAUUUUUCUCUCUAUCCAUUGUUGUUUGGUAACUUUUGUGUAUUUUUUCUAUGUUUGAAAUAAAUCUGAGUAUGUAUACCAAUU